AUCACUGCCGCAUCUUGUCCUAUAAAAGCGCGUUUAGUCUUAACACUGUACGAGCUUCAAGAGGAAAACUUUCCAUAAAAAAUCUCAGAAAAUGGAUCUUACAGACGAAGGACAUCGCUAUAAACUGAUCAAAGUACAAGCAGAGGACCUAGAGGAUUUGAACUCUGAAGAAAAAUUCACCGAAAGUGACAGGUAUAUUUUAGAUUGUCGAAAUAUCAAACCAACAGAUAUCUUGAGCAAAUUAACAGAGUUCUACCGCCAAAUUAAACGGUCCAAAGUUUCUCAUGUUUGGAUAAACAGCAGCGAAGGAGAAUUUCUCGAAAUCAAGGAACGGUUAGUCAAAUUAUUGGCAGAAAAUGGUGAGUUGUCUCCCUCAGGAAAUCACGCAAUCUUGAAGUUGACCAAACAGGAUCACACAGUACGCGACACAGAUGCUUUGAAAAUUGGCAUCGACGUUCUAAAUUUUGGAAAGAGUCUUCUUAAUGUUUACCGUCUAAUGGAUGCCCAUCCCGGAAUUCUGUAUGGAAAAGUCCACAUGCAUAAUUCUCUUAAAAGAAAGCGAUCAGUCGAGAUUGUCCCUUCAGAAUCUGCUGUUGGAUUGGCGACAAGAUCAUACGCCGAUCAACGUCGACCUGGUAAAAAAGUGUUUAAAGCCUUAAAGAAAAUGAUUGGCAACCCAAAUAACAUGGUGUCUAAUAGGAAAUGCUAUAUGUGCAAUGAAACUUCUGUUUUUGAUCGACUCUGCGGUGAUUGCCAUUUCCUAAAUGAAGAGAUGAAGAAAUCCUCGUGUGAUUUAAAGGGGAGGUACGCCAUCGUCACCGGAGGCCGAAUCAAGAUCGGCUUCGAGACUGCUCUGCGCUUGUUGAGAGACGAGUGUUUCGUCGUAGUCACCACCAGAUUUCCGGCUAACGCCGUGGAACGGUUUAGCAGAGAGACAGAUUUCAAAGUUUGGAAGCACAGGUUAAAAAUCGCACGACUUGAUCUCCAGGACAUGCAAUCAGUGGACAAUUUCCUCAAUUAUGUUCAACAGAACAUUCCUCACCUCGACAUCUUAGUCAAUAACGCUGCGCAAACAAUCUUUCGACCGUUUCAUUACUAUCAGUCCCUCAUCUCAGAGGAAGUAAAGCAAUGGCCAGACUUGGCCAAAGAUGAGAACAAUAUAGUCGUGAAUGAAGAAGAUGCUCUUGAACAAUUCCAUUCGAUGAUUUCCACCCCAGAACGAUACCAGGCCCUUCCUUGGAAAACGAGUUCAAAUGAUUUUCCAUCAGAAGAGAGAGACGAACAUGGUGAGCAACUAGACAUUCGACAGAGGAACAGCUGGACAUAUAAUUUGGAUGAAGUUCCACUACAAGAGCUUCUACAAGUUCUAACCAUCAAUACUGUAGGCCCAUUCAUCCUGACAGCGAAACUAAAACCACUCCUUAAACAGAGUCCCUUUCAACGAAAGUUCGUCGUGAACGUUUCUGCCAUGGAGGGACAAUUCUCACGAAUCAACAAAGGUCACCGUCACCCACAUACCAACAUGGCCAAAGCAGCCUUGAAUAUGAUGACCCGUACCAGUGGACUGGAGUUCCAGAUGGACGGAAUUUACAUGACAGCUGUAGACACCGGCUGGGUCACUGACGAACGUCCAUUUCACCAAGCCCAGCAUGAAGCAGAGGUUAAAGGGUUUGUGCCCCCCCUAGAUUGCCAGGAUGGCGCCGCAAGAGUUUAUCACCCCAUUGUUCAUGGGUUAAACAACAAGAACUCGCCAUACUUUGCUGUAUUUCUAAAAGACUUUAAACCCAAAAACUGGUAACUUCUUAAUGUUAUUAAAUACCAUUAAAAUUAUUAUUAUUAAUAUUGUUAUUAUUACUACCAUAAUUGUUAUCAGAGGCACGAUUUUCAUCAUUAUUCUUUGUUGUUGUUAUCCAAACUAUCAUUUUUCUUAUCAUCAUUGAUAUAUAUUAUCAUCAUCAUUAUUAUUGAUAUAUAAUUUCAUUUUCUAUCGUUAUCAACGUAAUUUAUCAUUUGGUUUCUAGAUUGUUUUUUAUUUGACUAAAAUUUAAUGAUAAAAAUUAGUGUUACUAUAUUCACGAUAAUGAAUUACUUAAUCAAUAUUAUUAGCGAGUAGUGAUUAAUGCAGAUUCGAAGUGUUAUUACCAGUAUUACAAUCUUUAAUAGAAUCAUUAUUAUCAUGAUCAUCCUCAUUAUUACUCUCGUCAUUAUUAUUACCAUUAACCGCAUUGUCAUUUGUAUCGUUUAACCUAUUUUAUUAUUAUUGGCAGUACAAACGUCUGGAUGCUCAGAGCAAAGAUGGACGUGUUAAUAGUCCUUUUUACGGUUGUGGGCUUGGUGGCCAAGCCUUUAAACAGUAAUGAGGCUAAGGGUGACCUUGU